AUGGUUAGCGCAGAAACAACUAAGAAAGUUCAAGAAUUGAUUAAGAAUAAGCCAAUUUUUAUUGCAUCAAAGUCUUACUGUCCAUACUGUACCAAGACCAAGAACCUUAUCAAUUCCAUCACCAAGGAAGCUUACAUAAUCGAGUUAGAUGAAACUGAAGACGGCAGUGAGAUUCAAGCUGCUCUUGCUGAAUUAACUGGCCAAAGAACUGUUCCAAACGUCUUCAUUGGUGGUGAGCACAUUGGUGGUAACUCUGAUGUCCAAGCCUUGAACUCUCAAGAUGCUUUAGUUCCAAAGAUCAAGGCUGUAUUGUAG